AUGGAGUCAUUGAAAGUAAAUUUUGUAGGAGAUACUAACGUCGGAAAAACAUCUAUCAUUCACUAUUACCUGAACAAAGAGACACCCGUUACACCAACAGUUGGCGCUGAUUAUAAUGAAGUUGUUUUAAAUGGUGAUGGAAUUGAUGUUCAACUUAAGCUAUUUGAUACGGCAGGACAAGAAAAGUACUCGGCCCUAAUGCCAUUGUACUUCAGAGAUAAAGAUAUAUUUAUUGUUGUUUAUGAUUUAACAUCACUUGAAUCUCUCCAAAACGUCGAAAAAUGGGUUUACAAAAUACACGAACUAUCCGGAGAAAUACCUAUUAUUAUCGUUGGAAAUAAAUCAGAUUUAGAACCUCAAGUUCCUCAAGAACAAAUUGAACAAAUAAUAAUAAGAAUAGAUCCUCGAAAAUCUUUUCUUACUUCAGCUGUUACAGGCUCAAACGUUAAAGAAUUAUUUGAAUAUCUUGCAUUUUCAAGAGAUAUACAAAGAACUCCUGAAGAUCCAAAUCUCAUUCCUCGAGAAUCAAAGAAGAAAUGUUGUUGA